AUGACUUCCAGGAGGCAAUAAAGGGGGCUGGUGUGAGCUGACUGGGGCAGUUUUGCUUGCUGAGACGUAAUGUCAGAUAGAAAUGCAUAAAACGUGAGCGAUGCAGUUUACGUUUUAGUCCUACCGUCUUGAUAUCAUUGGAUGAAGCGUGAAGAUGAAUAAACAGCCCAGUAAGGAGUCCCUGAGGGACAAGAUGAAGGGGAUUUUUGGAUUCACUCCCACCCGACCGCAUAGCAAACAGACCGAGAGCAAACCGUCAGAGUUCAUCACUCUAGAAAUCCUGAAGGAUCUCACUCCAGAGUGUGGUCUACACCAACGCAUCAGAGUCAUCAACCAUGUUUGUGACCUCGCCAAGUCCAAGAAGUUUGAGGAGCAUGCCGUGGAGUCGUUAUGGAAAGCCGUGGAAGAUAUGAUGCAGCCCGAUCAGCCUCCAGAAGCCCGUCAUGCCGUACUGUUGCUGCUCAGAGCCAUUAUACAGGGACAGGGUGAGCGGUUGGGUCCUCUGAGAGCAUACUUCUUCAACAUCAUUUUGGACUAUCAACCCAAUAACGAAGAUCUCUCUGGGAGACUGGAGGUGUUCAAGGCGCUCACGGAGAACGGGAAAGAUAUCACUUACUUGGAGGAAGAGAUAGCUCGUUUCGUCCUGCUGUGGAUGGACAUCGGUUUGUCCUCCGAUUUUCUGCAUGUUCUUGUUAACCUGGUCAAAUUCAACUCCUGCUACCUGGACGAGAAUGUCUCCCUAAUGGUCCAGAAAGUCUGCCUUUUGUGUAACCGGACAAACUCCUCCACAGAUAUUGAGGUUGCGUUACAGGUGUUAGACGCUGUGGUGUGUUAUAACUGUCUGCCGUCUGAUUCGCUGACGGUUUUCAUCAUCACUCUGUGCCGAACCGUUAACGUGAAGGAGUUUUGCGAGUCCUGCUGGAAGUUGAUGCGUAAAGUGUUGGGAACUCACUUGGGACACAGUGCCAUAUACACCAUGUGCCAUAUCAUGGAGGAGAGGGUGUACUCUGAUGAUGCUGCUCUUUUGAGGGGGGCUGUGUUUUUUGUCGGUAUGGCCCUCUGGGGGGCUCACAGACUCUCUGCCCUCAAAAACACCCCCACACUGGUGCUGCCCUCAUUCUACAAGGCCAUGAGCUGCGCUAACGAGGUGGUGUCAUAUGAAAUUGUGCUGUCAAUCACAAGACUCGUCAAGAAAUAUGGCAGAGAAAUACAGGUGGUGACUUGGGACAUACUGCUGUCCAUUAUAGAGAAACUCCUGCAACAGAUACAGACGAUGGGCAGUCCUGAUCUUAAGGUGAUCGUGUAUGAGUUAUUUAGUACAGUUGAAGAACUCUACGAACAGAAUGACUUUCAUGGAUCUUCACAGAGAUUUUUCAGCCUGGUGGAGAAAUGUGCUGAUAAACGACCGGAUGCGUCGGUGUUGACGUUGAUUUCCUACAGAGCUCAAUCCAUUCAGCCCGCUAAAGAUGGAUGGCUGCAGAACCUCUUGAAACUCAUGGAGACAUUUUUCAGGAAUGAGAGCCGUGCUUUGAUCAGGAUAAAGGUCCUACACAUCCUCUCCUUUGUACUCAGCACAAACCGACAACUCUAUGAAGAGGAGCUCAUUGAGGUGGUGGUGAUUCCUCAGUUGGGUCAGAUCGCUGAAGAUCGUGAUCUGUCCGUCAGAAGGCAUGCCACACAGCUUUUGGUGGAUCUAGCAGAGGGCUGUAACACCAAUCACUUCAGCAGUCUGCUGGACAUCAUAGAGAAGGUUGCUAGUCGUCCAUUAACCUGCCCUAUGGAGGGAGAGAGAGACCUGUCAGCGGAGUCGCCCAUGGAAGACGUCAGAACUGCUGUACUGGGGCUUCUAGAAAUAUUACAGAGUAAACUGUACAGUCUGCCCGCCAGUCACGCCAGUCGAGUCUAUGAGCUGCUGAUUUCUCACCUACAACUUCACUACAAGAACAAAUACAGCAGUGCUAUCGCAAGCUCCAUACGACUACAGGUUUUUGAUUUCUUGUUGAUGAUGAGGGCUGACUCUCUUCAUCGGUUGGGUGUUCUCAAUAAAGACCGAGUUCUGAGAUUCAGCCCAUAUUGCCACUGUGACGUGGGGGAGUCGGAGAAGAGAGUUACUGAUAAGAAGCCAACAGGAACAGUGUCCCCUCCGGCAGGAAGUCCCACACCAGCGGCCCAGUCCUCCUCCAUUCGCACUGCAUUUCUCCCUUACAGCCUGGCCUUCAAUGUGCUGCUACAGUGCCUGAAGAUGGAGACUGACUGGAAGGUUUUGAAGUUGGUUCUGGAUAAGAUGUCGUGCACAAUACAAUACAAAGUUCUGAUACUGACAUCACCGUGCAACACUGACCAUCUGUGCUCCAUUCUCUGUGCUAUGGUGACCGAUCGUCUGAUAUCGGAGCGUUUGAAGAAAACUCCUGAUGGAUUCUCCAUUACUGAUGUUCAACUCGCUGUGGUUCCCGUUCUGACUGCACUCACCUCUUACCACAGUUACCUAGAACAAUCCAGACAGAGGGAGGUGGUUCAGUGUUUGGAGAAGGGUUUGAUCUACCGCUGUGCUAAACAGUGUGUGGUCGCUCUGACCAUGUGCAUUGUGGAGAUGCCCGACAUCAUGAUCAAACUCUUACCCGCCCUCAUCGUCAAACUCACACACAUCUCCGCAACUGUCGCCAUGGCGUCACCCAUGCUGGAGUUCCUGUCCACAUUGGUGCGGCUCCCGCAUCUGUACGCUAACUUCGUUGCCGAGCAGUAUGUUAGCGUUUUUGCCAUUUCAAUGCCGUAUACUAACCCAUCAAAGUUUAAUCAGUACAUCGUGUCUCUCGCCCAUCAUGUGAUCGCCAUGUGGUUCAUCCGCUGCAGACUACCUUUCAGAAAAGACUUUGUUCAGUACAUCACGAAGGGUCUACGUUCAAACGCCCUUCUGCCUUUUGACGACACGCACGAGCAGAGCAGUUUCAGAGCACGCAGCACCAGUCUGAACGAGAGGCCCAAGAGUUUGCGGAUGACCAAAGUGGCGAAGCAGGGCCCCAGCGCAAACUCACCCGUUAAAGACCUGAAAGAUCUGUCGGCCAUGGACGCCUUCCGCUCCCGAAGCAUCAGCGUAUCCGAGCACGCGGUGCGCAGGAUGCAGACGUCCAGCACCACCUGCAGUCUGGGCUCCGCUGAUGAGAACGCUGUGAUGCAGGCAGAUGAUGCGUUAAAGACUGUCCACCUCGAGCUGACUGAGACCUGUCUGGACAUGAUGGCUCGAUAUGUGUUCUCUAACUUCUCUGCCCUGCCCAAGAGGUCUCCGAUUGCAGAGUUCCUGUUAGCCGGUGGACCCAGUAUGACGUGGCUGGUUGGGAAUAAAUUAGUCACCAUAACAACCAGUGGUGGGUCUCGAACCCAAGCCCUCCUGGGCCUGGACAUGACUGAGAGACCCGGAGGAGUAAUGACCAGGUCAGACCCAUCAUUGCACACUCGACAGACCAAAGAGGCUCCUGCUAAACUAGAGUCUCAGUCCAGCCAACAGAUCAACACCACCGCUCGCCUCCGGGUCCGCUCCAUUUCAGGUGGUCAUGCACUGCGUGCCGGCCCAGCUCAAAGUCUGAGCCCACUCGUGGCAUCUCCUGAAGGGGAGUACAGUGGCCCCCUGCCUCCGCCCGGCCCCCCACUGGAGGUCCUGGGGUCCCAGAAGGGAGGAGAAGACCACCGUUCACAGUCCACCUCUCACUCCACCCCGCCGCUCAAAGAGAAGUGCAGUCUGGCAGAGUUUGUGCCCAUGUUGACGCAGGGCUGGGCAGAAAUCUUCAUCCGAAGACCUUCAGGAAACACCAGCUGGCUGAUGUGUCUGGAGAAUCCUCCAAGCCCGUUCUCCUCCGAGCUCGGCAAUCUUCCCCUGCAGGAACUCUCUAGUGUCUUGAUGGCCUUGGAUGGAUUGAAGGAACCCCAGACUGAUGACCCUGUUGCCCCUGCCGAUGCCCCCCAGCCUCAGCGCAAACCCUGCCUCAUCCAGUGCUCCAACAAGGACUCCGAGGUGGUUUUAGAAGAAGGGGGGCGGAGCAAAGAGGCAACCUCACCAUCAGCAUCACAAGAGUUGGAAGAGUUUGAGGGCAUGCCAUCGGAGCCAAUUUUCAUAAGUGCCGAUAAGACACCAGCCGCUGUGCUCAGCAGGUCCUCCUCAACAUCCAGUCAGGAUGAAAAGUCGACCUUGGAGGAAGUAAGUGAGGGAGCUAUCCCCAUCGACCAACCGCCCGUGACCCUCUCUUCCCCUGGAGCACAAGACUCCGACGUUACCUUCUCCCAUUCUACAACCCUCAACAAAUCCAGCUCCUCUCCAGAACUCCAAACCCUACCAGAAGCCUUCACCAAAGCUAUGGCUUCGAGCACUAAGAGCGAAGGUACACUCGGCUCCAAGAUACAGGUGGUCCAGGCAUCAACUGGAAGGGAAGGCCCUGGAGAAGCUGCCUGGCAGAGUGUUGGCUCAGCCGGCCCAUCCAGUUCCAGCGCUAGUGUGUCUGUCUCAUCUUCAUCCACCUCCAUAAUGAAGCUGGAGUUUCCCACCUCCCAUCCUGGACCCCUCUCGCCCACAGGACACAGACCCCGUGGACACACCAUCUCUGUUUCUGCACCCUCAUCCCGAAGGGAGAGGAAGAUGGAUAGAGACUGCUACCACAACCGAGGAGGUCCAUCCAAUGCUGAGAAGAGCUCAGGACUCAGUCCUAGCUUUGUCUUCCUGCAGCUAUACCACUCGCCCUUCUUUGGCAAUGAAGCCAACAAGCCCCUGCUACUGCCAAAAUCUCAGCUGAUUGAUCGAGCUGUUAAAGUUCUGGAUCAGAUGCCCCCGUAUGACACUCACAAAAUUGGUGUGGUGUUUGUGGGAGCUGGUCAGGUGAAUAACGAGGUGUCGAUCUUGUCCAACGAGUACGGUUCUAACCGUUAUGCUCGGUUCCUCACGGGCCUGGGCAAACUCAUACACCUCAAAGACUGCGACCCAGACCAGAUCUUCCUUGGUGGGCUCGACCAAUAUGGAGACGACGGCGAGUUCACCUACUGCUGGCAUGACGAUGUCAUGCAAGCCAUCUUUCACAUUGCCACUCUCAUGCCCAACCGAGAGAGUGACCGUGGGUGCUGCAACAAAAAACGGCACAUUGGUAAUGAUUUCGUUGUGGUAGUUUAUAAUGACUCUGCGGAGGAGUAUAAACUGGGGACUAUAAAGGGCCAGUUCAACUUUGUGGAGGUGCUCGUAAAGCCGCUGGACUAUGAGAGUAACCUGGUCACACUGCAGUGCCGGAAAGAUCUUGAGGCUUUGGUCGACACCAGUGUGGCAAAGAUCGUAUCUGACCGGAAUCUUCCACUGCUUGUCAGACAGAUGGCACUGCAUGCCAAUAUGGCGUCAUUGGUGCACCAGUGCAGGGCAAACCCGUCCGACGCAUACGCUUCAAAAUGGCUGGCGAGACUGAGACAAAUUAAGAGGAUCAGGACUCGGGCUCAGGAGGAAAUUCAGUCCCGCCCCUCACACGGAAUCGCCAUGAUGCAGAGCCACGCCCCCAUGCAGAAUAAACCUUCCCACCAGCACUCCGGUUCUUCUUCAAACCAGGAUGCUGGCCAGAGGAAAAGAUUAGUAUCCACAGUGGAUGAUUUCACGGAUUUUGUUUAGUGACGAACCUUUCAGUCAUUCCGGUCCACAUUUACCAUCUCACACAAUAGGAACGAAACCGUUCAUCAAAGGGAUGUUUCACCCAAAAAGGAAAAUUCUGUAAUCGUUUACUCACCCUCACGGAAAAGAUGCAAUGAACGUAAACUUUGACCGAGGCUGUAAAUCUGCCUAAAAUCUCCUUUUGUGUUUCACAGAAGAAGGAAAAGUCACACACGUUUGGAACGACAUGUUCAGUAAUAAAGGGCAGAUUCGUCAUUUUUGGAUGAACUAUUAUUUUAGGUGGAGGGUAGUCGCUUGCCGCUAUUCCAGUACAUGUUACCAGUAAGUGAAUGAGAUUCUUCUGGAACGCAGCCUCACUAACGCUCGACAUGACUUUGAAUUCGACAAAGUGCUUUCAGUCUGCUGUGAAGAGUUGUUUUUUCUCUUUCGUAAAGAUGGACUUAAAGUCGUGCAGUACGGCAAUAUUGCACACGUCACACACACGUGCACACACACGUGCACGCACACGCACGCACUGUUAACACGCUUCUCAAUCACUCAACAGCACACGUUUGUCUCCCUUGGGCAUACUCACGUUCGAUUUGUUUUUCACUCGCGCAUGUUCUUUGUUUUCAAUAUAUGAAAUGUGUAAUGUUUGCGAUUUUAAACCAUCCCCAUAAAAGUGCCACCAUGAGUAAAGAAUCUGACCGGAAACCUCCCCAAGCAUGAUAAACACGGCAAGCUUUACGAAGUUUGAUAGUUUGCUAAUAUAAACAUGGUAUCACUGUGCAAAGUGUUACUGAAACAUGAUAAACUGAAUAAAUGCAACGUAUUUUCACUGGAGUAAUGACGUGGGCAUAACUGUUAUUUGAAGUACAUAAGGUUCAUAUUUUAACUACUGUUGCCUUGUUUUCUUUUGUUUGUGUGCGCUGCCGUUAAUGCUAAUGAGAUUCUGAAGAACCAGCUGACUUGUGGGAAAUACUAGAACACUAAACUGUAUAAACGAGGCGUGUGUGUAUGUGUGCGCUUCGCUACCAAACGCUGUAACAAAUACUUUUGUUGUUUUAGAUUAUACUUGCACUCUUGAAUAAAAGGAUGUCUAUAUCAUGCUCUCAGUUUUUAACAUUUAAGUACAAUAUUUGAUCUCUGUGUGGAAAUAUUUGCUUUUUAAUUUCAAGGAUAAAUGUGUAUUUUAGCUUUGCGAUAUGUACAGGUGGUUGAACACUGGUAAAUGUAACACAAACAUGUCCAGGUCACAUUUUAC